AUGCUCCACUACUACCCGACCAUAUAUUCAAUAUCGGACCCCCACCCGAUAGCUGUAUGCAGCGGUCGUUCACUUCCAGAUGGCUCCCCUGUCCCUCCAGGCGAACGAACGUAUACCAACUCAUGCACCAUCAAACACGGGUCCUUUGGAGGAGUCGGCGGCGAGCAAUAUUACUGCACAGGCUCUGACGAUUUUCGCACAUACCUAUGGAAAAUACCGCGUCUCGCUGCUCUGCUUGAGGGCAGGAGGGUCGUCGGCGCCAUGGACUGGAUUGGAGAGAAGAGUGUAGGGACGGUCGGGUUCACCUCAGGCGCGCUGCAGCCACGAUACGUGCCCACAGAGCUGUCUGUGCCUCUCUGUCGCCUUACAGGCCACCAGUCUAUCGUGAACACCGCCCUGAUGCACCCGCACCUCCUGCACGUCGUGACGUCCGGCAUCGAGCGCGACAUCCUCCUGCACAGCCCGACGCCCGUCUCGCCGUGCGCGACGGGUCUCGCGCGCACCCCCACUGACGUCCGCGCACUGCCCGAGGGCGACCGCCGGUCCCACCGACUGGUCCUGCAGGCUAUGGGACUGCUGCAUAUGCCGGAGCCGGAGAUGGACGACGAGGCAGAGUCGAUCGCGCUGUUCGACGAAAUUCUGCGGCGGGAGGGGGAGGGUGACGUCUUUGAAUUGCGACAUUGGCACAAUGACCUGGAGGAAGGCACGGAUACGGAUGAUGACAGCGUUUUGCGGAUGGACGUGGAUUCAUGA